AUGCCGUUAGCAGCGAGCCGCCGCGCCGGGCCGCCCCCCGGACAGGUGGCCAGGGCGUCCCCGCUCCUGCUGCCGCUGCUGCUGCUCGCCUGCUGCGCGGGCGCCUGCCGAGGUGCUCCAAUAUUACCUCAAGGAUUAUGGCCAGAACAAGAACUACAUUUGUGGAAUGAGAUAGAAGAUGCUUGUUUGUCUUUUCUGUCUGUUGAUUCCCAGCCUCAGGCAUCCAAAGUACUGGAGGAGCUUUGCUUUGUGCUUACGGGGAUUCUGCUAAAGCCUCGGGAACAAGAUGAAAAAGAUAAUACCAAAAGGUUCUUAUUUCAUUAUUCGAAGACACAGAAGUUGGGCAAUUCAAAUGUUGUGUCCUCUGUUGUGCACCCCCUGCUGCAGCUCGUUCCUCAACUGAAUGAGAGAAGGAUGAAGAGAUUCAAAGUGAACGAAGAAUUCCAAACUCCUUUUGCAAGUCGAGGAUACUUUUUAUUCAGGCCACGCAAUGGAAGAAGGUCAGCAGGUUUCAUUUAAAAUGGUUGCCAACUAAUUUUCCACAGAAGCAAUGGUAUAGAUUAUAAAAUAUACUCACAUUUUGUUUUCUUCUCAAAAACUAUCCUUGUUAAAUUUACUGUGUUGAAAAUCCCUGUGUUGUAAACAUUCUUAGUAAAAUUUGGGUGGGAUUGUAAAUGUGUAAUUUGUUGAAAAUUUAAAAA